AUGCACAGCACGACACACCUUGACGGCCACCUGGACAUACUUGGACAGCAACCGCUGCUCCAGAUAUACACGCAGAUAUGCCUUUGCUUCCCCGUCGCUGAUGCUUCCUCGCAACCGGCAAUUAUUGAAACGCUGGGAAGAGGCAUGGAACGAUUAUCUGCGAGUUUCCCGUGGAUAGCCUAUCAGGUCGUGAAUGAAGGAGCAAAGGAAAGAAAUACUGGCACCUUCAAAAUCAUCCCGUUCAAAAAAACUCCUCCUUUAAACUUCGUGGAUCUCAGGCUUGAUUCCUCGACACCAACGAUGGACGAACUCAGGCGAGCGAAUUUUCCCAUGAGCAUGCUAGAUGAGACCUUCGUUGCGCCUCGCAAUACCGUUCCAGGAAGCCGCGGCGAAUCUCCGUCAGAGACUACACCAGUCUUCCUUGUUAGAGCUACUUCCAUCAUCGGCGGUCUUUUGCUCACAUUCCUUGGCCAACACCAAAGCAUGGACGGGACUGGCCUAGGGCAAGUCAUCCAUCUUUUCUCCAAAGCCUGCCGCAAUGAGCCAUUCACAAGCGAAGAACUAUACUCCGGCAACCUGCCUCGCCGUGACCUCAUCCCCUUGCUCGAUGACUACAAGCCAGGCCCCGAGGUCGCUCGCCAGAUUCUGAAGCCCUCUCCAUCUACCGACUCUACCAACACCACACCUGCUCCUCCGCCAUGCACUUGGGCCAACUUCACCUUCUCAGCAGCUUCGCUCGCGGCACUGAAGUCUCUCGCCACCCAGGCGCUGGCGCCUUCGACAAGCUACAUCUCCACCGACGACGCGCUCACAGCCUUCAUCUGGCAAUCCGUCACGCGCGCCCGCCAGCCCCGCUUAAACCCCAGCACCGAAUCCAAGUUCGCCCGCGCCGUCGAUGUGCGCCACCACAUGGGCGUCCCAGAGACGUAUCCCGGGCUCCUACAGAACAUGACGUACCACGGGUACACCGUGCAGCAGCUCAUCGAGGCGCCGUUGGGGCACGUGGCAUCCGAGCUGCGCUCAGCACUCGACCCGCAGACCUCGAAACUAGAGCGCGACACGCGCGCGCUGGCGACGCUGCUGAGCCGUACGCCGGACAAGCUGACGGUGUCGUUUAUUGCGUCGGUGGACAUGUCUGCGGGACUGAUGCUGAGCUCGUGGGUGAAGCAGAAGUGCUAUGAGGAGGAUUUUGGGCUAGGUUUGGGGAUGCCGGAAUCUGUGAGAAGGCCGAGGUUUUCGGACUUUGAGAGUCUGGUGUAUUUGUUGCCGAAGGCUCGGGAUGGAGCAAUUGCGGUGGCGAUUUGUUUGCGGGAUGAUGAUAUGGCGAGGUUAAGGGCGGAUGAGGAGUUUAUGAAGUAUGGGGAGUUUGACGGGUGAGGGUUCGGGGACAUGAUCUCGAAAGCCGACAUACAUCGACAGUUUUUACUCUACCGAAGAUGUUGUCCAACCCGUCUGGCUUCUUCGGACUUACAUUCAGAUGCGAGCAUCGUCCCGGCUUUUCCAGUCUCCAAAAGGAAAUUUCCGGAGCCGUCCGGGCACCAUCCGGGAUUGCGCCAUAGCAUUCUUCACUGCCGGUUUGAUCACUGCCGACGACAAGGCAGUGAAGUGGGUCAAGAACGCCAAACGUCCUCUCCCGCCACAAGACUGAAGAUCAGAUCAAUGCGUCGGUAAAAAGGUCGAUCUUAAGAAGUGUGGCUUGGACAUGCAAGUUGCAACAGCUUGAAUCAGAAACAACAACACAAUGCCUUGGCGAAUUGGCAACUUAAUCAUGGCAAGAAAUUUCUUAAGAAUCUCUUACGGAGUACGUACGG